AUGGCUCGGAUUUCUGGCAUCCUCCAAGCGGCUCUCGUUGCAGCUGCCGCCGUCACACCGGCGACGGCAGCCGAGGGUGGCUUCGCGAGCGGCCGCACCCGCCUGGCAACCCCGGCCUCCCAAGGUGUAUCGGGUCGUUAUAUCGUUGAGAUCCAAGACUCAACGGGCUCCCACACCCGCCAGGACUCUUCCGUCGGAGACUCCAUCGUUGGUCAAAUCUCAUCCCUCGGCUACGAGGCCACGAUCAAGGAGGACUUUUCCACCAUCUCUGGCCGCUUCAAGGGCGUCUCCGUCGAGAUUGCAAACGACGAUUCGUCCGGCGUCGUCGAUGAUAUCAAGAGCCUCCCGGGCAUCGCAAACGCAUGGCCAGUGCAGCCCAUCAACCUGAAUGUCUCCUUCGAAGUCACCACGGGCACGCAGAAAUGGAACCCCCACAUCGCCACUCGCGUCAGCGAGCUCCACGACCGCAACAUCACCGGCGCCGGCCAGCGAGUCUGUGUAGUUGACAGCGGUGUAGAUGUUUCGCACCCAGCCCUGAUCGGCAAGAUUGCCGGCGGGAAGAAUCUCGUUGAAGAGAACUCGACCGCCAUUACAGAUUGUGUUGGGCACGGCACUUUUGUAUCGUCCGUCAUCGCCGCAUCUCACAAGGACUUUGCCGGCGUCGCACCCGACUCGGAGAUUUACAUGUACAAGGUCUUUGACUGCGAGGAUUCGACGUCAAACGACUUGGUUCUCAAGGGCAUGCUCGCGGCUGAUUCCGACGACUGCGACAUCAUUUCCGUUUCGAUUGGCAGCAACACUGGCUAUGUCAACUCGGUUCUCUCGCGCGUUGCCAGCGAGAUUGCCCAGGACAGACUCAUAGUCAUUGCUGCUGGCAACUCGGGUGACAUGGGACCCUAUUUUGCCAGUUCCCCCGCUGCCGGCCGCGGUGUCGUCUCCGUCGGCUCGGUGGAAGCGGCGCAGACCUUGGGAUGGCCUGCCACGAUCGUCUCGUCUGGCGGCCAGUCCCUGAAUAUUUCCUACGUCACGUCCGACGGCAACAAGUUCAACGACACCAUCGACGUGCCCAUCGUUCUCGACAGUGGAGACUCGUGCAACAUCGCUGGCUCUGGCUCCGACUCGACUGCCGUCCUCACCAAACGCGGCGUCUGCGAGUCGGCCGGGUCUUAUUCCUCCAUCGCCAGCGCCGGAUUCGGCUACGGGAUCCUGUAUGACUCUUACAAUCAGGGUGCCUAUUACAUGGAUGAAGUUUCUGCUUGGUCUGACAACCUCAAGCUCAUGGCUGUUACCACUGCUUCAGUUGGAGACUGGGCGAACACCCAGAUCAGCAAGAACUACACCCUUCAUUUGCAGAUUCAGGCUGAUGCCCAGCCGGCCGCCUUUGCUGCUGAAGUCCCCAGCGCCGGUCAGCUCUCAACCUUUACCUCAUGGGGCCCGACUUACGAGAACGACUUCUCGCCCAUCAUCUCCGCACCCGGCGGCGUAGUGUACGGUGCUUUCCCGGACGGUGAAUUUGCCAUUGCUUCCGGAACGUCGUUUGCGACCCCCUACAUCUCAGGUGUGGCUGCGUUGUGGUUUGCGCAUGCGAAGAAGGACCGCGCAGAGUUUGUACGCAGGUUGACGUCUACUGCUCUGGCCCUGCCUGCUUUCGAAUCCAUCGAUGGCAAGGUCCUCGGCGAGGUCGCGUCGUUGGCUCAGCAGGGCGCGGGUCUCGUUGAUGCCGUCAAGUUGUUCGACUUCACUACCGUGCUGCUUUCUGAGCCAACUCUGUCCCUGAAUGAUACGGAUAAUCGCAUUAGCACGCAUACUAUUCGUAUCCAGAAUACUGGAUCAGAGGAAGUGAGUUACAACAUCUCUCACGUCGCUGCUUCGACCGUUUCAUCAAGGGAUAGCCUUUUGUACCCCAACGCCUACUACCCGCCUUUGGUGUCAGCUGCUGGGUCUUUGACCGAGGGUAAGAUUGUCACAGUUGCCGCAGGUGCAACUCAGGACAUUGAAAUCACCCUCUCCGCCCCCGCUGGUGCCCCUGAAAGCGGUGCUUUGUGGAGUGGAAAGGUUAUUCUUGCGGGUUCCAACGACGAGCUGCUGGCCGUACCUUAUAUUGGCAUCGAGGCUUCCACGUACAAUUGGACCCCGCUGCAUCACGGACCAGAGUCAUAUCGCUAUGAUGCUACCGAAGGCUAUCUGUAUCCUGUCGACUACCAAGGCCAAGCAUACCACCCUGCUGACGGCGACUCCCCCGAGACCUACUUCGCAUUCCGUUACGGUACCUACGAGUUCUCCGUCGACCUGGUCGGUGUUGACUGGAAGACGGAGCAGUUUGCGUAUCCCCCGCAACACGGUUCAGGUUCGAAAGCGUGGCUUGGCUCCGUCAGGUCUCAGCCCGUUGUUCCUGGAAGCUACAUGGACUUUCCCAUGAGAGAAGUCGUCCGCUUCAGCUUGGGAAGCUACGUCACUUUCCGAUCUUUUGCCAACGGAACCGAUAUCCCGUCUGGGCGAUACCGCAUCUUCACGCGUGCCUUGCGAAUCUUUGGCGACGCCUCCAAGCAGGAGGAUUGGCAGCUAUUCCUUUCCGAUCCAUUCUCCAUUCAAUUCGGCAGCGACCCGAUUCCCGGGCAGAACGCCACCUGGACUUCUAGCGUUCCAUCGUCGACAACGGCCGCGGCUACUGUCACCGCUUCGCCCACUACGACUUCCGCCCCGACUACGACUGCCCCCAUCUCCGUACCAGGGACCACCACAACGCUCACAGCUACUGCUACACCUACCGGCCUCGAGAAUGCCUUCACCUCCCUCAAGCUCCAGAGGCUGAAAGAGGACACCGCAUUCGUCAUUGAUCCGGCAGCGUGGAUGGAGCUCCACGUCCAAAUCUCGCUGCCGUCGCCUGUUGCGGCCGACUCCGUCCUGACAUUCGCCGUCCCCUCCGAAAUCACCGACAUCGCAGAGGGAGAUCAGCUCUCGGCAGCAGGCGCCCAAGCCGGCGAUACAUCCUUCGACCCAGAGACCCGGCUGUACACAAUCGCGCUCGCGGACUGGACGACCUGGAACAAGAACAUGGUUGGCGACUUCUUCCUCAUGUGCCGCUUCACCCCCGAGUUCGCCGCAGCCAUGGAGCAGGGUACCUACGUCGUGCAGUUCCCUACCGUCGGCAAGGUUUACGAAGCACCCGUGUACUACACCGCCGUGGACCGCUCCGUCGUCUACGAGCGACUCUCUACCGCCCCAUACGAUGGCACGUCGCUGUUCACUGCCGAGGUAGAAGUUCCCGCCGCGUUGGGACCGUGGGACUUUGUCCGUUUCACCACGUCUCACUCGGCUGACUCUGACGGAUUCAUCUGCGCCAACUCUAGCGUAGUGAUUGGUAACACCCUUGACGCGGAGAAUCGCAUCAAGACGUUCACAGAUGUUACCGCCGCGGCUACGGAAGUUUGCAAUGUCAAGAGCUACAGGGCGUUGUACAAUGAGACUCUGACAGGAGAUGAUGUGCUUCGUUUCAGUGUGGGCAGCAUUCAGGGCAGCCGCGAGCAAUGGACACUGAGCGUCGUCUACCUACUGGAUGUUCAACUUUCCAACGGAACGUUGGUGUUAUAUGAUCAAAGGACGCUCGAAUUUGAGAAGAACCCGCGCUUGAGGACUGCGUCGUUUGAUGCCUUUACUGGCGAGAGGGCCUGA